AAAUGCAGGUCCUCCAAAACCUCAGACCACGGAAGUUCAGUGUAAUUACAUGAGAAAGACUUGAAGAUUGAACAACGGUUCAAGAUGCAUCCUACUACCGUUACUAGAAUGUUCCAACCGACCAAGAAGAUGUGGUCGCCUGUUCCGGCAAGUUUAUCUGUUGUUGAUUUGGAAGUCUGAGAGUGGGAGGGCUAAUGUUUUUUUUUGGCUUUACAGAAGGAGGAGCAUAGCGGUACGUUUACCCCACGGUUGCAUAGUUGGAAAUAUAGAGGGGAAGGAUGGAAUAUCGACUAGAGCAUAUAUUCUUGGUAGAUGGGAGCCGACACUGAUACGAAAGCCCAUAGCUCACACUAUCUCGCAACGAUUGCGCCAAUGGAAGAAGAUUCCUCCCGAGUUGGUUCCUUUGGGUAGGUUUAGUAUUCUCGCCGGAACAUCACCAGGACUUGCACUGAUAUCAAUGAAGGAAUUGUCGUCGGGGUCGCUGUUGGAUUCGCCUUUUACUCUUUGGGCCGCAAACUUGUUGUUGACAAGCAAAUGCGUCUCUCUCGUCAAAACAGAAAGGACUGAACUAUCGAUCCACGAGAUUUUGGAGGAACGUAAUCAAAUUGAUCGGAAUGAGGGAAAAGUUUACACUUUGAUACGGGGAGAAACACGCCCGGGGGAUGAGUGGAAUGAAGGAAUUGGAACGGAUGGGUCGGCCAAACCUCAAAUGAGUUGUACAGAAUUGGCCCUUAUUUCUCA